UGGGACACGCCGGCCAGACGUUUCUCUGCCAGCCUGGUUCUUCCAAGGGAAGAGCGGUUGAGUGGCCUCCAUUGUUCAGGAUUAAGCGGGCCAUGAGGGGUGACAGAGGACGUGGUCGUGGUGGGCGCUUUGGUUCCAGAGGCGGGCCUGGAGGAGGGUUCAGGCCGUUUGUGCCCCAUAUCCCUUUUGAUUUCUAUUUGUGUGAAAUGGCUUUUCCCCGGGUGAAGCCAGCACCUGAUGAAACCUCCUUCAGUGAAGCCUUGCUGAAGCGGAAUCAAGACCUUGCUCCCAAUUCUGCUGAGCAGGCUUCUAUCCUUUCUUUGGUGACAAAAAUCAACAAUGUGAUUGACAACUUGAUUGUGGCUCCAGGGACAUUUGAAGUGCAAAUUGAAGAAGUCCGGCAGGUAGGAUCAUAUAAAAAGGGGACAAUGACCACAGGACACAAUGUGGCUGACCUGGUGGUAAUACUAAAGAUUCUGCCAACUUUGGAAGCUGUUGCCGCCCUGGGGAACAAAGUUGUGGAAAGCCUAAGGGCACAGGAUCCCUCCGAAGUUUUGACCAUGCUGACUAAUGAAACUGGCUUUGAAAUUAGCUCUUCUGAUGCUACGGUGAAAAUUCUCAUUACAACAGUGCCACCCAAUCUCCGAAAACUCGAUCCAGAACUCCAUCUGGAUAUCAAGGUGUUGCAGAGUGCCUUAGCGGCCAUCCGGCAUGCCCGCUGGUUUGAAGAAAAUGCCUCUCAGUCCACAGUUAAAGUUCUCAUCAGAUUGCUAAAGGACUUACGGAUUCGUUUUCCUGGCUUUGAGCCUCUCACACCCUGGAUCCUUGACCUACUUGGGCACUAUGCUGUGAUGAACAACCCUACCAGACAGCCUUUGGCCCUGAAUGUGGCAUACAGGCGCUGCUUGCAGAUUCUGGCUGCAGGACUGUUCUUGCCAGGGUCAGUGGGCAUCACUGACCCCUGUGAGAGUGGUAACUUCAGGGUACACACAGUUAUGACCCUAGAACAGCAGGAUAUGGUCUGCUACACAGCUCAGACUCUGGUUCGAAUUCUCUCCCAUGGAGGCUUUAGGAAGAUCCUUGGCCAAGAGGGGGAUGCCAGCUAUCUUGCUUCUGAAAUCUCUACCUGGGAUGGAGUGAUUGUGACACCUUCAGAAAAGGCUUAUGAGAAGCCGCCUGAGAAGAAGGAGGGAGAGGAAGAAGAGGAGAACACAGAAGAACCACCUCAAGGGGAAGAAGAAGAAAGCAUGGAGACGCAGGAAUGACCUUCCCUUUACUGUUUCUCCCCAAAGGAAGAUGAACCUAAGCCAGCCACCAUGGGGCUUUAGAUGGUGGCAUUUCUGCAGCAUAGGGAGAUAGCAGGAAGGAAAACAAACUGUAAAGAAAAAAAAAAAACGCUACUGUUUUGAUGGUGGCUAAGCAGCUAGAAGUCUCCCAUUUGUGACUGCACAUGCCAUCCGUCCAUCUGUAAUGAAGCAGAAUGCCACACAUUCCCAAUAUUUAAACCUAACCACUCCCAACCAGUAUUUUUUGUUGAAACGUUGUAACUGUCAUUGAGUAUCUGGGGAUUUUUUUUUUUUUUUCUAAGAAAAAAUGAUUAAAGUACUUCCUACUGGGGCUUUUGAUUUUAUUUUUCUUCAAUAUGUAGCAACUACUUUUGGCUUCUAUACACUUCAUUAGAAUUCAAGUAGAGUCCUUUAUUAUAAACACUGAUAUUGCUGUUUCAAAGUACGUAAAUUAAAAGUAAUGGACUCCUGGAAUACCA